CCAUUCCGAGCUAGAAGCAGCAAACUCCCGAGGCCUCAUCCCUCUGCCUGGCGGUGGCCACGUCUUGCACUUGGCCAGCUCGGCGCUCAGACCCUCCUGUGUCCCCGCCCUGCCGCCCUUUCCCUAGCCCAGCGGCGGGCUGUUGGUGGAAGCAGCCCCGAAGCAGCCCGAACAAGAUCACUCAAGGUGAAGGAUAAAUCUACCAAUAACAGCACUUUGAAUGAAAAUUUGUUUCCCUGCCACAAACUGAACACUUUUUUUUUUUUUUUUUUUGGUGGGAGCAUUGUAACAAACCUAACUUUGUGGCAUAGCAUCUAUGCAAGCUUGAAAUCCAAGUAGCACUAAAUUUUGUUAUUUCAUAUUUAUACAAUAAGCUUCCCAGGAGACGUGUCAACAUUUUUGGUGAAGAGCUUGAAAGACUUCUUAAGAAGAAAUAUGAAGGGCACUGGUAUCCUGAAAAGCCAUACAAAGGAUCAGGGUUUAGAUGUAUCCAUGUAGGGGAGAAAGUGGACCCAGUGAUUGAACAAGCAUCAACAAGAGAGUGGUUUGGACAUUGAUGAUGUUCGUGGCAAUCUGCCACAGGAUCUCAGUGUUUGGAUCGACCCAUUUGAGGUUUCCUACCAAAUUGGUGAAAAGGGACCAGUGAAGGUGCUUUAUGUGGAUGAUAAUAAUGAAAAUGGAUGUGAGUUGGAUAAGGAGAUCAAAAACAGCUUCAACCCAGAGGCCCAGGUUUUUAUGCCCAUAAGUGUCCUAGCCUCUUCAGUGUCCAGUUCUCCAUCACCUCCCUUUGGUCAUUCUGCUGCUGUAAGCCUUACCUUCAUGCCCCCGUCCACUCAGCCUUUAACCUUUACCACUGCCACUUUUGCUGCCACCAAGUUUGGCUCUACCAAAAUGAAGAAUAGUGGCCGUAGCAACAAGGUUGUAUGUACUUCUCCUAUCAACCUCGGCUUGAAUGUGAAGGACCUCUUGAAGCAGAAAGCCAUCUCAUCCUCAAUGCACUCUCUGUAUGGGCUUACCCUGGGUAGCCAGCAGCAGCCACAGCAGCAGCCACCAUCACUGCAGCAGCAGCAGCAACAGCAGCAGAAAACCUCUGCUCUGUCUCCUAAUGCCAAGGAAUUUAUUUUUCCUAAUAUGCAGGGUCAAGGUAGUAGUACCAAUGGAGUGUUCCCAGGUGAUAACCCCCUUAACCUCAGUCCUCUCCAGUACAGUAAUGCCUUUGAUGUGUUUGCAGCCUAUGGAGGCCUGAAUAAGAAGUCUUUUGUAGAUGGCUUGAAUUUUAGCUUAAAUAACAUGCAGUAUUCUAACCAGCAAUUCCAGCCUGUUAUGGCUAACUAAAAAAAAAAAAAAAAAUGUACAAGUUAAAAUGAAUGGGCCCAAGGGGGAUCUUUUGGUCUUUUUUUUUUUUUCCCCUUUUACCUCCUUGAGAUUUUUUUUUAAGCUUAUAGUAAGGAUACAUUUAAGCUUGAUUACAAAAAUAAAACAUGCAUCAUUUUUCAUUUGCCAACCAAGCCCAAAGUUAUUUUAUACUGACAGUAUAUUUUAAAGUAUACUCUCAGAUAUG